GAACGUCUAAGACAUUCUACAACGCCAAUAUUGGAGUAGUCUUUAACUUUCUUUUUUUCGUUAAAAUCUGCUUUUACUUGCCUGAUGAUGUAAAUAUUGUAAAGUAAGAUCGAAGUCGGUGAUUAUUGCUUCCCGUUUAUUUAUUUACAAUGGGUGAUAGCAGUGAUUCCGAAGAGUUCUACGACGCCGAAGAGCUCACACCCAUUAAAGGUUCUAAGAGAUCAUCACUAUGCAGGAACACAAGCCUAACAGACGGUUCCAAAGAUAAGGAGAAGGAGAAACCACCUGUAAAGACUGACUCUACACUUGUGGAGGCGCCAAGUAUAGCUCCAAGCAUAUCCACGGCCGAGGUUGCCCCUGCAGAUGAUGACCGGAAUACUGUUAAAAGUGUGGUUCAAGGGCGACGCCGGUUCCAAGAGCUACGGCGCUGCAUGCAAACAGAUGAGGAUGAUGACACCGUUGACGCAGCUGCUGACCACCACUCUUUCACAGACGUGACACAGCCGUUCAAGGUGAUAGCACAUGACACAAUGAGCCUUCAGAGCAUGACAUCCUUGGGUCGCAUUGGAAGGAUCCUCAGCGGCUCGUCGGAUUCACAUUCUAACAUUCGUGAGGUCGCCCAGGCGUCUGUACCGCCGCGAGAAACAAACACGCCUGACGAACCUGUACCGGUGGACAGAACGCAAAAUGGCAAGCUGCACGGCUCUCAAUCACUAUCGACGGCCGACGGCGACAACCUCAGCAUCUGCACCACCGAUACCGAUGACUACCGCUAUGAAAGGAGGAACAAGCGCGACUCCUUGUCAGUCGAGCCUCCAUUGCCUAAUUCUGUAAGCCAGUGCAUGGCGCUGCCCAGCCCGGCGAGCACCAUCGAGUCUCUCACGCGAGAGUUCCAGGAUUCGCUAGAACUCUCCACUUCGAAAUAUGCGCACGACAAGUCAUCAAUGAGUCAUGAAUCGCGCGCGUCUUCACGCAGCAGUACGGGCACCUCGAUGAAGCAGAGGCCUCCCGAAUCCACACUCGACAUUAAGGAGGCGGUCAGAGGUGAUUACGUGGUGCGGCCGGCGGACGACGAGCAGCGCUGCGGCUCGCGGACACACAGCGAGGGACGCUCGCAGCUCUCCACGGGGCACAGUAGCUUGGGCGGGAACACCAGACGGAGCAACUCAGAGUCCCUAGACGGCGGCCGGCGUCGCUCCGCAGGCGACGAGCAGCUCGGGCUGGCGCUGCGCACGCACUCCACCUCGGGACAACGUUUAACAGACAUGCAGAUACUCGAGCAGGUCACCGUGCUCAACCUGGACACCGGUGAAAGGGUGCCUCUAAGCGUGGCGGAGCACAAAAUUCCUCAAUGUAUCAAUCCACUGAGUUUGCACAUCAUGAGACUCACGUCGGAGUAUAUAGGGCGAGCCAAUGACGACGAAAAUGUGAGGGAAACUGACGAGGAGAGCGAGAGCGUGUGCACGGGCGGCGCCGACGAGGACGGCAAGGAGACCAAGCAGGCCGCCGACAGCAAGAACACUAUUCGGAAGAAGACUGAAAAGGCAGCACCCACUCCAUUAGUGAAAAGUCACUCGCAAGACAGUAUAAACACGAAAAUAGUUCCCGAAGUGAACCAAAACAGACUAAAACGAUUCCUAGGCAGCACUGUGAAAAAGACAGUAGACGCGGCGAAAUCGCUGGCGCAAGAAGUGUCGCAUGCACGACACAAGGAGGAUGUCGCCGACAUAGCGGACGACGUGCGGGGAGAGCACAACAUCAAGCUGAAGGCCUCCAACUCGCACAAAGGGCCUUACGACUUCGACGGCUGCGUGCGACACGUGCAGGAGAUGGGCAGCGGGCACUCGGGCGCCGUGUGGUGCUGCAAGUUCAGCGUGUGCGGCCGCCUGCUGGCCACGGCCGGCCAGGACCGCCUGCUGCGCGUGUGGGUCGCGAGGGACGCCUACGCCGUCUUCCAGGACAUGCGCACAAAAUACAACGCAGAGCAGAAAUCCUCCCCGACCCCCUCCCAAGAGUCCCUCGCCUCGCUCACCGCCCCACCGCCGAGUCCUGAGGACGCACCCUUAGGCCCCUCCGCUCCGUUCCACCCGAAACCUUUCUGUACCUAUUCAGGGCAUACGUCCGACCUGCUAGACGUAUCCUGGUCUAAGAACUACUUCAUACUAUCGAGCUCGAUGGACAAAACUGUUCGGCUGUGGCACAUCUCGCGAGGGGAGUGCCUGUGCUGCUUCCAGCACAUCGACUUUGUGACCGCCAUCGUGUUCCACCCGCGCGACGACCGCUACUUCCUGUCCGGCAGUCUGGACGGGAAGCUGAGGCUGUGGAACAUUCCUGAUAAGAAGGUCGCGGUUUGGAACGAAGUCGACGGUAAAACAAAACUAAUAACUGCCGCCAACUUCUGUCAAAACGGCAAGUUUGCCGUCGUCGGUACCUACGACGGCCGCUGCAUCUUCUACACCACCGACCAGCUCAAGUACCACACGCAGAUUGACGUGCGCUCCACACGAGGCAAGAACUCCACAGGGAGAAAGAUCAGCGGCAUAGAACCCAUGCCCAACGACGACAAAAUCUUAGUAACCUCAAACGAUAGCAGAAUAAGACUUUACGAUCUCAGAGACUUGAACCUCUCCUGCAAAUACAAGGGCUACGUGAACAUUUCGAGUCAAAUCAAAGCCUCGUUCUCACACGAUGGCAAAUACAUAGUCAGCGGCUCAGAGAACCAGUGCAUUUAUAUUUGGAAGACGUAUCACGACUACUCUAAGUUUACGUCGGUGAGGCGGGACAGGAACGAUUUCUGGGAGGGGAUCAAAGCGCACAACGCGGUGGUGACCUGCGCGGUGUUCGCGCCCAACCCCGACCACAUGAUCCGCAUGAUUGCGGAGAGAGAGGAGGAGGAGAAGGCCAGCAAAGGCAUCGACGAUAAGGAGGAACCGAAGGGCACGGAGGGCAUGGUGUCCUCCUCACAGACGGGGCACGUGCUCGUCAGCACGGAUUUCAACGGCUGCAUCCGCGUGUUUGUGCACAAGGCCAAGCCCAAGCACUCCUCGCUGCCCGCCUCCGCGCUCGCGUAACCGCACACCAUACACUAACAGAAUGGCACGGCCUGGUAUUUCAUGGACAUGUGCACGUAAGAACGGACUUUAAGCUCGUUUUCAAGGCCUAGCCUAGGCACUUCACGCUAUCCGGCUUGACGCUCACUUAGGGUCGGUUGCACCAAACCGUUGAUCAAUCUGGCGAUUGGUACAACUGGCCCUAAGUCAACACCUCACAGAAGGGCAGUGUGUGUCUUUCAGACGGGGCAAGUGAGUGCUCGUCAGUGACAGGCCGGACUUUGAAGUUCGUGCACAAAACCAACUCCAAGCUCUCCUCGCUGUUCUUUAGCAUUAAAUUGUCGGUGAAGCAAUUCCUGUUCGUGUGUAUUCCUUUAUUCUGGUAGGAUCGGAUCUGAAUUUAUAAAUUACCUACUCCUUUAUUUGCAGUUUAUGUUCUUGGCUCUCAGUUCUUCAAUCUUUCGAAAUUUCAAACUUUUAUGGUUGUAAUUGUUAUCUUCAUUUUAAGGUGGGUUCGUACAGUUUAACUAGUGCUUAUUUCUUUUUUGCUACUGCGCACCAUUUCGACACUUUAGUGGUCAAUAUAUGCCGUUGUCAGAAUAAACACCAACAUAAUGUUAAAGGUAGAAAUGACAAAGCAUAUACGGUAUACAUAUACGGUAUUACAUCUCGGACCCACAUGCCUACUAGCAAGGUCGAAUACUUGAUAUUUUAUAUUCUAAUAGUAGGGUUAGUUAGUGAGAUAUAUAUUAUGGGCCCCGGUAUCACGUCUCCGACUUUGGCGAUUUUUGACUCGUCCCCUAAACGCAUUACGUUGUUAAUUCACUCAAGCGUAAGAAUGUGAAAGAAAUCGAAUGAUUUCAGACAAAGUUAAUAUUAUUUUUUAGUUAUUUACGGUUGAAUGCUUAUGAAUAGUUAAGGUUUUAUAACUACAUUAUAUUUAUACAGCUAGUACAGCUACUUGCAAUAUUUAUUACAGCCAUAUCAUAUAAAAUUUAUUUAAUCAAUUCUAAUUUAAGUGGUUAUCGACAUAUUCUUGGGUUGGGUCAGUGGGUAUUUCGCAUCGCGACAUACGUAUAUAUUAUUUGAAAUCAGACGAUUAUUUUUAUUUACUUUUUUAUGAAUUAGAUAAACGUCGUUAUUGACGUUGCCGUAAAAUAUUAUUUUGUAUCGUGGUUGCUUGCAUGCGAUAAACACAUAUUUAUUUAUUUUAAAACCUUGAGCUCUCAACUCAUUUCUUUUCAUCUGCGUAGUCUACACCGUCGGCGCGAGUAACCCGUCAGGUUUUAACCACUCAUUCCUGGGGUCAUAAGGAGAAAAAAUGUGAUAUGAUUUUCGGUCAAAGUUGGCAAAUAAAAUUGUUUGUGUGUGUAAAGUUUUUUCUAAUUUACAGAUAAAUUCUGGGACUUUCCUUUAAUACUUUAUUGGCUGUUAGUAGGUACAUAUGUCUAGACCAAGUCACAUAGUGGCACCGUUGCAGCCAAAAAGGCAUUUUUCACUGAGUUAUUACAGAAACAAAUUUUCACAAGAAUUAAUAUUUUCUCUAAAACAAGACCGAUUUCGGAAAAGUGUAUGUCAAGAAUACACCUUUAAAAUCGGUUGGGUUAUUCGAGCCCAUGGUGUAUAAACUUAGAUCAUGUCUAUGUUUUUUUUUUAAAUAUUAUUGAUGUCUCAUUCAUACGCGUACAACUAUUUAAUGGUUAGAAGACACAUAAUUAUUUAAUAGUAGACUUUUGUAAUAUUUUAAAUCAAGAAUGUUACCGGUUUUGCAGCGAUUUCUGAGCCACAGCUAAAAAAUAUUUGCGUACUUAAAAAUCUGCGGAACCCUGUCAUCCUAAACUAACUAACUAGUUUAACGUCUUUUAACCCUUUGAACGCCAUGCCUAUUGUAUAUAGCUCGCUAUCAAAAACCCGAUUCUCGCUCGCUAUCAAAAAGCCAAGCGGCCUGUCGCUAUAUUUGGUAGUCAAAGGGUUAGGGUCAAGUGCGUUAUAUCACUCGCAAUAGUAUAUCUUAUAGGGAUGUAUAUUACACUAAACGAGUUCCCGUUCAUGAAUGUGGACGUCUUUGGCGGAAACAGGAAAAAGUGAACGCAAACAGUAUGACAGUUCGCAUCUAUGACGACGUCUGCAUAAGUUCAUUUAAAGACAAUAUAAUUAUAGGUCGUAUUGCUUAGUGCUAAUGGAGGGUUUUAUAUUCACGUCUCAUAUAUUUUUAAUAAGUUCUUGCCUUACCGAGUAAACCCAUGUGAUUAUAGUAAGUGUACAUUUAUUAGUUAGUAUUGUAUUGUACAGAUCGCGAUGCCAUUGUCAUAUGAAUGAUUAUCAAAUAUUUGUAACUAGUGUUUACCUCAAUAAAUAAUGGUUAUUUA